AUGUCUAAUCAACCCAAUUCGGAUUCCCCUUACCAUUCCAGCCCUCUAAGACGCGAACGCGCUCCUACGAUCACCAUCGACACUUCCGCUGUUAAUACCUCGCAAGAUUCCGGCGACCAGGAGAUGAGAGGAGUCCCUCCAAAUGAAAUCCCACACUCGAACCAGAGGCCACAAGCAUCCACUUCGCCAACAGAAGUACGCUCUAGCCCUUCCUUCGAAGGAAAAGAGUUUCGUGAGAGUAGACCGACCUCUCCGCAUAAUGUAUCGUCGCCGACCUCGAAAUGGGUUGAAACUAGCAGCUCGAAUUUUCUAGCUGUUCCUGGGACCCGAUCCAGAGGGAACUCUCUGGACUCUGAAGAUGCCAUUAAUUCAUCAAGCUUAUAUGGUGGAGAUACUGUUGCUCCCUCAUCUACUUCGGCCACAGAUACCCCAACCCAGAGGGCGUCCCCUGAAGUAGAUGAUAUUACCAACGCUCCAGAUGCUCUGUCACCAGACCCCGGCACCGAAGCUGAUUUUGAGGUACAAAACAAUAAGUUCGCUUUUUCACCGGGACAGCUGAACAAGAUGUUAAACCCCAAGAGUUUAGCAGCAUUCUUCGCCCUUGGAGGACUUGCUGGAAUCGAGAAAGGGUUGAGAACCGACAGAAAUGUUGGUCUUAGCAUGGAUGAAAGCGUGCUGGAUGGCACAGUGAGUUUUGAAGAUGCAACUCGCCAACCCUCUUCCUCUAAAACCCGCCCAACACCUUCCCCACCGCCCCCUAGGGUAGACGCAAUGCCUACCGAGAUCAUCAACAAGAACAACGAUGCCUUCUUUGAUAGAAAGCAUGUCUUUAGCGACAACCGAUUGCCCGCCAGAAAGACAAAGUCGAUUUGGGAACUUGCUUGGAUCGCUUACAAUGAUAAGGUCUUAAUUCUGCUCUCUGUUGCUGCCGUCAUCUCUCUUGCUUUAGGUAUCUACGAAGCUGUGAGUGCUAAACCGGGUGAACCAAGAGUUCAGUGGGUCGAAGGAGUUGCAAUAAUGGUUGCGAUCCUUGUCGUCGUUGUAGUUGGCGCAUUGAACGAUUGGAAGAAGGAGCAGCAAUUCGUAAAACUCAAUAAGAAAAAAGAGGACAGGAGCGUCAAGGUCAUUCGCUCCGGGAAAUCUAUCGAGAUAUCCGUUUAUGAUGUAUUGGCAGGUGAUGUCAUGCACUUAGAACCCGGGGAUAUGGUGCCUGUGGAUGGUGUUUUUAUCGGCGGCCAUAACGUGAAAUGUGAUGAAUCCUCUGCCACUGGUGAAUCAAACCUUUUACGCAAGAGUCCUGGAGACGAAGUAUUUCGUGCAAUUAAGAGCCAUGAACCGCUUAAUAAGUUGGACCCUUUUAUUCUCUCAGGUUCUAAAGUUGCUGAAGGUGUGGGAGUAUUUCUCGUUACGGCCACCGGAAUUAAUUCAUCUCACGGAAAAACUCUCCUGUCAUUGCAGGAAGAGGGCCAGACAACUCCACUGCAGUCAAAACUUAAUAUAUUGGCGGAAUACAUUGCUAAGCUGGGUCUUGCUGCUGGAUUACUACUGUUUGUCGUUCUAUUCAUUAAGUUCCUCGUUCAUAUUGGGGAUAUCCCAGGUGGCUCUACUGAGAAAGGCCAGGCGUUUCUGCGAAUAUUUAUCGUCGCAGUAACCGUCAUUGUUGUUGCCGUGCCCGAGGGACUUCCUCUGGCUGUUACCCUUGCGCUUGCAUUCGCAACUACUCGAAUGUUGAAAGAUAACAACCUGGUGAGGUUACUGAGAGCCUGCGAGACCAUGGGCAACGCGACAACUAUUUGUUCAGAUAAGACUGGUACACUUACACAAAAUAAAAUGACUGUUGUCGCUGGCACUUUUGGCCCAGCGUCACGGUUUGGUGACAACGCUGAGAAUGACCAACAUAACCAAUACCUUUCAAAUGCAACAGAGAUUUCCCCAACUGAAUGUAUCAGUACCUUGUCCUCGAAUGUCCAGGAUGCCCUAAGACAGAUUAUAGCUCUCAAUUCCACCGCUUUUGAAGGGGAAGAUAACGGACAAGCCGUCUUUAUUGGAUCUAAAACAGAAACCGCCUUACUCAGCUUCGCCCGUGAUCAUCUGGCCUUACGGCCUUUAAAUGAGGAAAGAUCCAAUGCUGAAGUUGUCCAACUUGUACCAUUCGAUUCCAGUCGGAAAUGCAUGGCAACCGUCAUCAAGUUACCAAACGGGAAGUAUAGAUUACUUGUCAAAGGUGCAUCCGAGAUUUUAAUAAGCAAAUCUACAAAAAUUCUCAAGGAUCCUACUGCAGACUUGUACGACACACUUCUAACUGACAAGUAUCGGUCGAUGCUCAACAACAUCGUGUCGCAUUACGCAUCCCAGUCACUUCGUACAAUUGGGUUACUCUAUCAGGAUUAUGAGCAGUGGCCUCCUCGUGGAGCUGUGACUCAAGAAGAGGACCGUCGACUUGCCGUUUUUGAUUCUAUUUUCAAGGACCUGACCUUUCUAGGGGUCGUUGGUAUCCAGGAUCCUCUUCGUCCGGGCGUAGCUAAUUCCGUCCGACAAUGCCAGAAAGCCGGUGUUUUCGUGAGAAUGGUAACCGGUGAUAAUCUAAUGACCGCCAAAGCGAUUUCUCAGUCAUGUGGAAUUUUCACUGCAGGUGGAAUUGCCAUGGAAGGCCCCAAAUUUCGAAAACUAACCCCAUAUCAAAUGAAUCAGAUAAUCCCGAGGCUGCAAGUUCUGGCACGAUCCAGCCCGGAAGACAAACGAAUUUUAGUAUCUCAGCUUCAAAAACUCGGCGAAACAGUAGCGGUUACUGGAGAUGGAACCAAUGACGCACCUGCCUUGAAAGGGGCUGAUGUGGGAUUUUCGAUGGGAAUCACUGGCACAGAAGUUGCAAAGGAGGCAUCAGCUAUUAUUUUGAUGGAUGAUAACUUCAAUUCCAUUGUGAAAGCUAUGGCAUGGGGUAGAACUGUCAACGAUGCUGUCAAAAAAUUUCUGCAGUUUCAAAUAACAGUCAAUAUCACAGCUGUUUUCCUGACUUUUAUUUCUGCUGUUGCUAGUGAUGAAGAAAGAUCUGUUCUUACUGCUGUUCAGCUACUCUGGGUCAACCUAAUUAUGGAUACGUUUGCGGCCUUGGCUCUUGCAACGGACCCACCUCCUACAACAAUAUUGGAUCGCAAACCAGAGCCUAGAUCAUCUCCACUUAUCACAUUAACAAUGUGGAAAAUGAUAAUAGGACAGUCCAUUUACCAGUUGGUUGUAACUUUUAUUCUCAACUUUGCUGGCAAGAAUAUCCUCGGCUAUGACUACUCUGAAGAAGAGGACAAGCAGUUUCGCGCCCUUAUCUUCAACACAUUUGUCUGGAUGCAGAUUUUCAACCAAUAUAAUGCUCGAAGAAUUGAUAAUAAUAUGAAUAUAUUUGAAGGCCUCUGGCGAAAUAAGUGGUUUCUAGCAAUUCAAAUCGUCAUUACUGGAGGUCAAAUAUUGAUCAUCUUUGUGGGCGGGCGCGCUUUUUCGGUUGUCCCUCUGGACGGCCCAGAAUGGGGCAUUUCUUUGAUACUAGGUCUCGUCUCAAUUCCAGUUGCAAUUAUCAUCAGAUUAAUACCUGAUGAAUUCAUUCGGAAUCUCCUGCCGCGCUUCUGGAAUCGGAAGACUCGCAGCCCUCAAGUCUUCGUUUCUGAUGAAGACCGACGGUAUGAAUGGAACCCUGCUUUGGAGGAAAUUCGUGAUCAACUGCAAUUCCUCAAGGCUGUUCGUGGUGGCAGGCUGAACCAUUUGAAGUAUAAGCUCCAACAUCCUGAAAUGUUACUUCCACGAUCACGAAGCGGUUCUCGUUCCCGUGACCAAUCUGUUCCGCAAACCCCGCAUGGUGAUAACAAUCAUGAAUUAAAUGGCCGUCUCCCAUCCACGCCAGAUUCACGCAUGAGAAACCGCGGUAGAUCUAGGUCAAACUCCGCUUUUGGUCCUGCUGCUGCCAUGGCUGGUAUUGUCGCAGGAAGCAUUGCUGGCUGGUCACCUGUGGAAAGAGGCAUGGGAGAAAAUGACUCCAUCAGAUUUUCGCGAUCGGGUCCUAAUGCCCUUGGCCAGCAGGAAGGUAUUGAGGUUCACCCAGAAACCCGGGAAGACGAUCCUGUAAUCAAUGAAUAUUCUGCGGCGAGUAAAGUACCCCCCAGUCAGAACCCAGACCUAGUUCCUGAGUUCAUGCAUGCCUCUGGCAACGCUCACUCGCGACGAUCGACGUCCCGGCAUUCGGCUUCAAGGCAUUCUGCCACAUCCUCGGCGGCCAGGCACCAGCCAAGACCCUAA